CUCUGGGCCGGACCUCCGGUUCCCUCUCGCCGCGUCUGAGCGCCAACUUCGCCAAGAACGCUCCCAACUCCAGGCCACCCUGCCGGGCAGAGAGGGCGCUGCUGCCGGGCACCAGUCGCGAGGACGCGCCGCUGGCUCUGGGGAGGAAGCCACCAUCUGCGGGGUCACUCGGGCGCCCCUGAGUGGGCGGCAGCGGCAGCAGCAGACUUCUCUCCCGGGAUUCCGGGACCUGCCAGCGCUGGGGAUUCCUCCGGGGCAGGCGCUCGCCCUCUCUUUUAUGGAGCUUGGGCCCCUGCCGCAGCCCAGUGGAGGCUGUGGAGGUCUGCGGUCCGGAAACCGGGUUCCCAGCCCCGUGGUCUGUCCCUGGCUACGGGGAGUGGAGGCUCCCACGAGGUAGCAGUGGCCUGCAGUGGCCCCCCUCUCCACAGUGAGCCAUGGGCCAGAAGCUUUCCGGGAGCCUCAAGUCGGUGGAGGUGCGGGAGCCUGCGCUGCGACCCGCCAAGCGCGAGCUGCGAGGUGCAGAGCCCGGGCGGCCCGCCCGGCUGGACCAGCUGUUGGACAUGCCCGCGGCGGGGCUGGCCGUGCAGCUGCGGCACGCGUGGAACCCCGAGGACCGCUCCCUCAACGUCUUCGUCAAGGAGGACGAUCGGCUCACCUUCCACCGGCACCCGGUGGCGCAGAGCACGGACGGCAUCCGCGGCAAGGUGGGCCACGCGCGCGGCCUGCACGCCUGGCAGAUCCACUGGCCCGCGCGACAGCGGGGCACCCACGCGGUGGUGGGCGUGGCCACGGCGCGAGCCCCGCUGCACUCGGUGGGCUACACGGCGCUGGUGGGCAGUGACGCCGAGUCGUGGGGCUGGGACCUGGGCCGCAGCCGCCUCUACCACGACGGCAAGAACCGGCCCGGGGUCGCCUACCCGGCCUUCCUAGGACCCGAGGAGGCCUUCGCGCUGCCCGACUCGCUGCUGGUGGUGCUGGACAUGGAUGAGGGCACGCUCAGCUUCAUCGUGGACGGCCAGUACCUGGGCGUGGCCUUCCGAGGCCUCAAGGGCAAGAAGCUGUACCCGGUGCCGAGCCCCUGCCGCUCAUGGACCUGUGCCGGAGAUCCAUCCGCGCCGCCCUGGGCCGUCGGCGCCUGCAGGACAUCGGCUCCCUGCCGCUGCCACAGUCUCUCAAAAACUACCUGCAGUACCAGUGACCCCGCGCGGGGACCGGCCUGCCCGCCGGCCACGGUCACGCAGCCCGCACAGGAGGGGUCCGAAAGGCCGGGACGUGUGACAAGUUCAGACAAGAAUCGUCUGUCUCCACAGGCCCUGCCGUCCACGCCUCCCUAAGGCGCUGCCACCCGCCCAUCCUUCGGGACGCACGCCGUGGUGGCCCCCUUUACUGAUCGGGACUGAUGGCGGCUCCCUAUUCAAGAGAGUGAAUGAAACAUGCUGCGGGAGACUUCUGCUCCGUGUCCCCUGCAGGCAGGGUCAGGGGAACCGGGCCAGGGCUGAGAAGAAUGAGGGUAGCCUCUGCCCACACCCCUCCUGGCCCCACCUCUGGCCAAGGUUAGCAGGAUUGUCACACCAGUUUAGGACUUGAGGCCACUUUGAGAGACUAUUCCCCAGGGAUGCCCAACAGCAGAAUGCACGAGUGGACAAAGCAACUUUAGACGCCUCCUGCUUACCUCUUGACGUUGUUUACUCGCCCACCCGCACCAUGCCCCAUGCCCCAUGCCCCACGCCCUCGUCCCACUGAGGUGCAGCUCGGCUGUCCCCUCUGUUCAGGGAGGAUGCUUCUGACAGAUUCUCCCAGGACAGCUGAGCCUCGGUGAUGAUGAUUAUCUUGAGUUGCUUUUGCAUUUUAAAAGAGGAGUGUGUGGAGGACAGCCCUUAGUCUACAGGUGCUAAAGGGGACAGAGGCAUUGUGACACCCAAGUCUGAAGAGGUCCUGGGGCUGAGCAGCCUUCCCAGGGCCUCUGGGCUGCCCACCCUUCUGGGUGCAGCCUGCGCUGUAGCAAAGCCAUCCAUGAGCGAGUUAUUUUUUCACUUUAGGAGAAUCCCACAGGUUUAUUUCCUGUUUCAACUGUGUGUGUGGCGUGCUGUUUAUUUAUCAGUCUGGGACCUAGCGGAUACCUGGAGGGUGGACGUGGGCGGGGGGGCCCUGCUCGGCCACCCAUGGGAGUCUGGUCCCCCUGCAAAGCCAUGCUGCUGCUGCUGCUGCCGCCACUGUCCGGCAUCUCUGGUGUGUUUCAGAUGCUCUGCACCCAGACUCCUUGGUAACUGGAAAUUGUCACAGCAGUGGGACACCAGAGCCCCAGUUGGCACUGCCUCCCCCCGACCCUCGUCAAUGUGAACUUGACCAUGAAUGAGGAGCGUUUCUAAUAAAGUUUGCAGUUCAGUCCUUCA